UUUCCUAGUGGUUCACGGCCCUUCUAGGUUACCAAACCAGAUUCCUAUCAUCACAGAAUCAUUUCCAGCUUUCAUCAUCGCCGGUGAAACUCUCCUAAACGGAAACCCAAAGUGACUUUGACGUACAAUACUCGGUUGACAGGGUCUACUUGUUCUCCGGUCGGAUAUUCCAGACUUUUAUCACAUCGCUGAUCUUGAUCAGCAAUUAUAAUAAUCCGAAACUGUAUCCGACUGUCCCUGAACCUGUAAGAACGGCUUUUGCUGGUAGGAGCCUAUAUAAGACCGACAGCGUCCUAUCAUAAGGCGCAGUGUUGGGUUACCACGAAUCCCGGCAACAACAGCCAUUCAAAAACCCAACUAAGUAUAUCGCCGAAGAGAUCGUAUUUCUCAGUGUUUACAAAUUAUCACAAACUACUCGAUAAAUUGGAACAAAGUCAAUCCUUAUCGCGUCUUUAUCGCGGUAAUACGCUUCUCCACAAGCGCAACAGUAGGUGUAGUGUCCCGAGAGCUUUGUGGGAUAUCCUGUGUCGAAGAAGAAAAUAUUUUUUUCUACCUGAAGAAACACCAUGGAAGCAAUGCUUGCAACAAAGAUGGAAGCCACGAGAAUCGCGGAGUCGGACAAGCCAAAGAUCGGCUUUGUCAAAUACGCUCCUAUGAAAACAAGAUAUUCGCUUGGUGACACGACGAACGAGGCCGACGCCAAUAUGGAUUAUCAUAUCCAGAUGAUAACCAAGGAGGACAUACCAAGGGUUCUCAAGUUCCUUAGGAGAUUCUUCUUCCGUGACGAACCAUUGAACCACAGCAUCCAGCUCAUCCCUGAAGGAGAAGACAGCACGUGUGUAGAGCUCGAGGAGUACUGUAUGAUUUCCGUAGAGGAUAACCUGAGCUAUAUGGCAGUUACCACCAACGGGUCCAUUAUAGGCGUUCAGCUUAAUGGAAAAAUGGAGCCGCUCAAGGACGACGAGCCGGAAUACAUAAGCAGCUGUAAAAAUUCAAAAUUUAAGAAAAUCUUAAGAUUACUUCGUUACAUUGACUUGAAUGUCAAUCGCGCGGGAAGAUUUUCUGGUCAGAAUGUCAUUGAGAUCAGGAUUUUAUCUGUGGACAGUACAUGGAGAGGUCGUGGAGUGGCCAAAGCUCUUAUGGAAAAGACUAUUGAAAUUGCCAAGGAACGAAAUUUUCAAAUUUUACGGUGCGACUGUACGUCAUUUUUCUCAGGAAAACUCUGCGAAAAAUUCGGUUUCGAAAUCUGUUACGAAGUCAAGUACGCGGAUUACGUGGAUGAGAAUGGCACGCCCAUUUUUCAUCCCAGCCCACCCCACACGGCUGCCGUUACGUAUAUAACAAAACUUUGAAAAAGUUUAAAAAAAUACAAACAAAAUACGCGAUUGGUUGUUUCACGCAUAAUUCGAUAAGUAAUUGGUUGUGCGUAUUUGUGACGGAAUCCAAAAACUGUACAAAAUUAAAGUCAAUGCGUCUUUCUUUCUUUGGAAUUUCAACGAAUACAAUUAUUGUAUAAGCUUACUUGCAGAAAUUUGUAAAUAUUAUCGAAACGUCCAAUUACUAUUUUUCAUAUCGAUUCUAUAGCCAUAUAUGUUUAUAUGACACUUUUACCUGGAGAUUUUUAACUCUAGACAGACGGACGUCAUUAUAGAGGCGCGGAACGAAUUACUAGAAUUUUAUUACGUAUUCGAAAAAAUAUAUAGAAAAUUGGAAAAAUUCGAAAAAGUGAGGCUGUCUAGUGGUUUACGGACAAAUUACGAAAUAGUGAACGUAGAAUAUAGCUGACCGAGCGUGCCAAGUUAAUGUACAACGUAUUGUAAAAUUAGUCAUGUGAGUUAGAUUUAUAAUGUGUGGUUUUUGUCAGGCAACUAAAAGCCUUGUUUUGUUCGUAUGGCGAAUAUUAUUCAUAUUCGUUGAAUAGGAACGUCAGUCUUAUUAAGAUUAAUAUUAAGUAAUUUAAAGAAUCGAUAGGUAGAUUAAUCUUCAGUUACAUUCUGUAUCGGUGGAUCACGUAUAUUUAUAUAAUAUUAUUAUAAUUUAUACCGUAAAUGAUUAUGACACUUUUCUGUUACAAUAACUGAUAUGAUUUAAUGUUUUUCAGAUUUUAAUAAAUCUACUGUCUAUCCUUA